UACAACCUCCUGGAGGAAUGCAAGAAAUACUGCGUGAACGACGUUUUGGUUUUAAGAGAAUGUUGCCGGAUUACACGCAAAACUUCAUGGAUAUGUUUCCUGGUAUCGAUCCAUUCGAUUCUGUAACAAAUCCGUCAGCAGUGCUUCUGGCUUUCCAAGUUCAUUAUUUGAAACCAAACACCAUCGGGAUUAUUCCUCCAGGUGGUUACGGCGGGCGACAAAAUCAAAGUUUCAAAGGAUUUCAGUGGUUGUCGCAUAUCGAAAGACAGUUGCAAGAGAAACAACCGGAGGAUUUCCUUCAGACUGCUCGUUCAGCUGCAGGUGAAAAGUUUUUGGACGACAAAAUAUGUGUUGAUGGAUUUUGGGAACCCACCGGAACAUGUUAUCAGUUCUACGGGUGCUUUUGGCACGGCUGCAAAAAAUGCUUCCCUGACCAACGGAAAAUGAACACGGUCAGAAUGCGUACUUUUGGCGAAUUGCGAGAGGAAACGCUAAGGAUUAAAAGAAAGAUUGAAAGCUAUGGCAGAUUUUUUGUGGGAAUCUGGGAAUGUGAGUACGACGAAUUGGUUAAAAAUGGAAAAAUCAUACCGCAAAAAGAAUUUCGACCGCCACUGAAUGUACGUGACCACUUGUUCGGCGGAAGGACUGAAAUUUUUGCCAUGUAUAAAGAAAUUCCACCACCGCUGAAAGGAAAAGCUUUCGAUUUCAUAUCCUUGUACCCGUCAAUAAUGGUGUACGGCAAGUAUCCAGUGGGUCAUCCUACGAUUCUUUACAAUAACUUCGGCGACCCGUUCGACUUAUCGGAAUAUUACGGCGUGAUUUAUUGCCGUGUACUUCCCCCUAAGAAUUUGUUUGUACCGACGUUGCCAAUGCGACUGAAAGAUGGAAGAACCGUCUACACGUUAUGCAGAACAUGUUCUGAAGAAGUUAAUAUUGCCAAACAGUGUGAGCACACAGAUGAAGAACGGGAACUUGAAGGUGCAUGGAUCACUCCUUUAAUGGAACAAGCUGUAUCGGACGGGUACAAAAUUGGCCACAUUUUUGAGAUCCACCAUUUCGAAGAAACGUCGCAAUUCAAUCCUGAAACCAAAAACGGAGGAAUUUUCGCUCAGUUUAUUCUUGACUUAAUCCGUGGCAAAAUCGUGAACAGCGGGUUUCCGGCGCACAUCGUGACGGAGGAAGAGAAAUGGGAUUACUGCCGCAACUAUGCCGAAAAGCUAGGAAUUGUUUUUGAACCUGACGAAGUGCAGCUAAAUCCAGGCGCAAAAUACUGUGCGAAAAUUUGGGUCAACGCUGUGUGGGGCAGGUUUGUUAUGAAAGCGCUGUACCAGCAACAUAAAUACUGCACUACUUAUAAGCAAAUGAAGGACAUCGUUUUCAAUACAUCGUUCGAAACAAAAGAUGUUCGGAUCGUGAAUAACGGCAAAGCGUUGGAUGUCACCUAUAUGGAAAAGAAAAACUGGGCUGCGCCAAACAAACGAUGCAAUCCGUACAUUGGUGUUUUCACUACUGGUUUGGCUCAACUGAAGCUGUUGCAGCAACUACGGCUAGUUGAGGAUCGUCUUCUUUAUUGCGACACGGACUCCGUUAUGUUUGUUAGUGAACCGGAAAAGCCAGAUCCACCUCUUGGAGAUCUGUUGGGCGAGUUCUCCGAUGAUCUGGGUGGUAAUUAUUUCGUCGAAUGGUUGGCACUGGCAAAGAAAACGUACUGCCAAAUGAUGUCUAACGGGGAGGAACGGAUCAAAUGCAAAGGUAUCCCGAAAACCGAAGCACUGAAAGAUCGUUUCCACGGAUCGGUACUACGGGACAUGUUAUUCAGCACUGGCCCAUCAACUGUCCAAGCAUGCGAUGACAUAACGUUCAAACGGAACACCACGGACUUUACCAUUCAAACUGUGCCUUUGCAGCGGCGCGUGGGAUGCACAUUUACCAGCAGAGUGAUCGGAGAAAAUUUUGUAACGUACCCGCACGGAUAUGAAAAUAUUCCCUUUCCUAAAAUCGGCUCGAAGGAAAUGGAUCUCGUAUUUAAUUUGCUUGAGAAAUACACCCCUGCUAUGUUGUAUGAAAACAUUGACGAUGAUGUGGCUCUCGAAUCCUUAGCGGAUUAG